AUGAUGAAAUGUGGUUGUAGAUUUGCAGUAACAACAAGGAUAUCUUGGACCCAUGAGAAAUUAGGGAGAAAGUUUAGAGCUUGCAAGUUUUACAAUCAUGAAACUGGGCAAAGGGGGUGCAAUACCUUUAAGUGGGUGGAUGAGGGAUUUAUUGAUUGGCAAAUAGAUGUGAUUAAUGUUCUUGUUGCAGAGAAGCAUAGGCUUGCCACUGAUAACCACAUCACGAAGUCAAGGUUGGUUUGUAUAGAGCAUGAAAAGAAUAGGCUGAGUAAAGAGUUGGAGAAGCCGAGGAAGAAGCCAAUAAUGGAGAAUAAAGAAGCGUUUGCUAGGAGUGAAAGUGUAGUAGGAUGCAAAAUGAUCUUGAUUUGUGUCUUUUUGUCUAUAAUUGUCAGUUUCAUAUCUGUGAAAUUAUGGGCAUAG